AUGGUCAAAGAAGGCGACUCCAUCCCCAAUAUCGACCUCUACGAGGACUCCCCCGGCAACAAGGUCAAUCUCGCCAAAGAGCUCGGCUCUGGCAAAGGCCUCAUCAUCGGUGUCCCCGCUGCAUUCUCCCCUUCUUGCUCCGACACUCACAUUCCGGGCUACAUUGCCAAUGACAAGUUGAAGAGUGCCGGAAAAGUGUUUGUGGUCUCUGUGAACGAUGCUUUCGUUAUGAAGGCUUGGGCAAAGAGCUUGGACGAGACAAAGAAGAGCGGCAUCCGAUUCCUCGCUGACCCCUCUGGAGAAUUCACUCGUGCCUGGGAUGUGGAGUUCGAUGCUUCUAGCAUCUUGGGCAAUGGCCGAAGCAAGCGAUAUGCUGUGAUCACGGAGGAUGGCAAGGUCACCAAGGCCUCUGUUGAGCCCGACAACACGGGGGUUACAAUCUCUGCUGCCGAAAAGGUGUUGUAG